UUCAUUCAGAUAAUUGUUUUCUAGAAAACAGAGACAGCAUAUUAACUAUUAGUAGUAUCUAAAUAACUGGAAAAGAAAUCAAAAUGGCUGGAGCGGCACUGAAACGAUUGAUGGCAGAGUACAGACAACUGACAAUCAAUCCACCAGAUGGAAUCUUAGCAGGACCAGCUCAUGAGGAAAACUUCUUUGAGUGGGAAGCACUUAUUGCUGGACCUGAAGGUACAGCUUUCGAUGGUGGUGUGUUUCAGGCGAAGUUAAGUUUUCCUAUUGACUAUCCGUUGAGUCCACCAAAAAUGAAAUUUCAAAGUGAGGUCUUUCACCCUAACAUAUAUGCUGAUGGACGUGUGUGUAUUUCAAUCCUUCAUGCACCUGGAGAUGAUCCAAUGGGUUAUGAAACAAGUGCUGAAAGAUGGUCACCUGUGCAGUCUGUUGAAAAAAUACUUCUAUCUGUUGUCAGCAUGUUAGCAGAGCCUAACGAUGAAAGUCCAGCUAAUGUGGAUGCUUCGAAGGUAUGGCGGGAAAAUCGAGCUGAAUUCACUCGCAUUGCAGAAGAAUGCGUGCGGAAAUCUUUAGGAAUUACAAAGAAAAUAUGAUGACUGGAAAAAACUCACAAAAGACAUUACGUUAAUAGAAGGACACUGCGCAGACAGUUACCUGCAUGUCAUCUAUCAGUGAACUCGUUGACAGCAUAGAUACUUUUAAGUUGUGUUAAGCAAAAAUAAUUUAUCAAAGAUGCUGAUGCGAAAAAAGUAAAAAAAAAUUUAUGUUAGCUAUAUUCGUAAGUAAUUUAAUGUUUUUUUUCAAAUUUAUAGCAAUCAUAGAUGUCACUCAAGUAA